CUGAAAUCCUUUUUCUUUGGUGUGAGUAAUUUAUUUGGUGUAUCAAUUUGUAAAUUUGUUUAUUUUAUUGUAAUUAGAUUAAAUUUUUGUGAAAUAUAUCAUCAAUUAAUUGUAAGUUAUCUGUGACAACCACAAUGGCUUCUGGUUAUGAAAAAUCGGUUGCGAUUAAGUCCCACGUGAAUGAGAAAGACAACUUGAAUGAUGAUGAAGAUGGGGAAAUUAUUGACUUUGUAUUAUCACUUGACUAUGAGAAAGAACUGCAAGAACAACUGAUAGCCCAUAAUGAUGCUGAUUUAUACUCUUAUAGAAAAUUAGUCAAGAAUUAUCUUCAAACCAAAAAUAAUCUAAUAAACCAUGAUAAUUUAACUAACCAUGACAAAGACACAACAGCAAUGGCCGCUGCGGCUGCUGCUGCGGUUCAGCAACAACAAAACCAGGGCCUCCAACAGCAUCCAUCUUCUGGUAUGGGACCUCCGCCUCUUCCACCGCCCGGUCAACCCGGUGCAGGGAAUAACCAUUUUCCUCAGAAUACCUAUUAUCAAGAUCCAUUCGCGGCUCAAAUGGGACAUCUUAUUCCUGCGGGACCACCACCAACCAUGAUGCCACCAUAUUAUGGUUUACCACCUUGGGGAAUGUAUCCAGGUAUGAUACAAGGUGGCCAAGGCCAGCAUCCUCAAGCACCUCCACCUCCACCUCCUCAUGUACAGCAACAACAAUUAAUGGCUCAAAGAAAUGGACAAAGGCCAUUAACUCCACAAGGACCAAGUGAUAAUUCCGGUAACCCACCCGGCACUGGACUUCAACCACCACCACCACCUCCCCCACAAGGACAAUAUAAAAUGAUGACACCCCAUGGCUAUUAUGAUCAAACUGGCUCACUUAUUAUGGGUGGUUCAGCUGGUUCGGCUCGAGGUAUGAACACGAUAAUGCGUCUACUGCCUCAAAUGAUGAUCAGUCCAGCACACAAUCAAGGCCCAAAUAGUAAUAUGAGGAUGAUGCCAGGUCAAGGUCAGACCGGUAUUGGAAACCAUUCCGGUCCAACCCAACUUUUCUCAUCAAGCACCUCAAAUGUGAAUAGUAAUCCAUUGUAUACAUCAGAAACUAAUUCAGGCCUAGGAUAUCCAGACAAUUCUUUAGUGUCAUCAUCAAACCUUGCUAAUGGUAAUCAUUCAUUUGGUUACAAUCCAAAUUUGUCUCAUAAUAUUGGUAAUGGUGGUUAUGGAAAUAGUGCUUUGGGGCCUAUUGGUGCCUCUCUUGCGUCUGGUAUCAAUUUGGGUAAUAGUUCACCAAGACGUGAAUCUUUUGAGAGUAGAAGACCUGACAAUUCAAUCAGCGGUGGUAUUUUCUCGACGAGCUUAGAUGGUAAUCAGUUUUCUCGACAUUUGAGUAGUAAAAAUGGUCAAUUUUAUGGUCAUUUUGGCAAUACUAUUGGUGCAUCUCCUGGACCCGGACCAAUUGGUCUUUUACCACCCAAUCAAAGUUUAACUCCAUCACCAACCAUGAAUGGAUCUAAUGGCGACCUUAACCUUGGAGCUUUAGGUGCGAACAGGAUGGUAUCCGCUGCCCCUGGAGCGGAGGCCAAAUAUUUAAUCAGAAAUGGCCCAAUAAAUGGAAGUAUGUUUGGAUCAUCUAACUCUGUCGGAUUUCCCAAUAGACUUCUACAACGAAAUUCCUCUAUGGACAAAUCAACUGGGCGUAGCCGUCUUCUUGAAGAUUUCCGAAACAAUAGGUACCCAAAUCUCCAAUUACGAGACCUUACCGACCAUAUUGUCGAAUUUUCUCAAGAUCAACAUGGUUCGCGGUUUAUUCAACAGAAAUUGGAAAGAACCACUGCUGCUGACAAGCAACUUGUAUUCAAUGAAAUUAUCGCUCAUGCUUAUAAUUUAAUGACCGACGUAUUUGGAAAUUAUGUUAUUCAAAAGUUUUUCGAGUUUGGUACACCUGAACAGAAACAAGCACUCGCUAUGAAAGUAAAGGGCCAUGUCUUACCUUUGGCUCUUCAAAUGUAUGGUUGUCGUGUAAUUCAAAAGGCUCUCGAGUCAAUUUCUCCAGAGCAACAGAAAGAAAUUGUUAAAGAGCUUGAUGGACAUGUAUUAAAAUGUGUAAAAGAUCAAAAUGGAAACCAUGUUGUCCAAAAGUGUAUAGAAUGUGUGGAUCCUCAUGCUCUUCAAUUCAUUAUCGGAGCUUUCCAGGGACAGGUAUUCUCACUGUCAACCCACCCAUAUGGAUGUAGAGUUAUCCAAAGAAUCUUGGAACACUGUACGCCUGAGCAAACUACCCCCAUCUUAGAGGAAUUGCAUCAACAUACUGAAUCUUUGGUUCAAGACCAGUAUGGUAACUAUGUGGUUCAGCAUGUUUUAGAACAUGGAAGACCAGAAGAUAAGAGUAGAAUUAUCGCUAAUGUACGAGGAAAAGUAUUAAGCCUCUCGAUGCAUAAAUUCGCCAGCAAUGUUGUGGAAAAAUGUGUCACUCAUGCCAAUAGGAGUGAAAGAGCUCUGCUUAUCGAAGAAGUCUGCUCAUAUAAUGACAGUGCUCUAUACACUAUGAUGAAAGACCAGUUUGCAAAUUAUGUCGUGCAAAAGAUGAUUGAAGUAGCUGAACAACCUCAACGUAAAGCACUUCUCAAUAGGAUCCGUCCUCAUCUUGCCGCUUUACGUAAAUACACCUAUGGGAAACACAUUCUCGCCAAAUUGGAAAAAUUUAUGCCCAAAAACAGUGACUAUGUAAUUAACUAAUAUAAAACUAAUCAAAUUUGUGGUUGGAAGAAAAGAUGAUGAUGAAAAAAACACUAAUGUGAAAUGGCUUUUGUUUUCUUUUUUGGUUUUUUUUGUUUGAUAUCUUUUUUUUCCUCAAUUUUUCUUAAUUGUUCAAGGUAUUAUAAUUAUAAUCUGUAAAACGCUUGUAACUCUUAACUUCCAUUACCUUUCUCUCUCUCUCUCUCUCUUUCUUGAUAUUUGUUCAUUAUUCUUUUCACUUUCUAUCUUUCCCUUGUUUCUCUUGAUAUUCAAAUGGCCUGAAACAAAAAUCAGUAACCUUUUCUGAUUAUAAAUAUUAUAUAAUAAUUGAUAAUUAUGAUAAUUACCCUCGACAUAAUCCCCUCCUUCCUAAACCCUUGUCACACUCACUCACCACCCUAAUCCUUAAACUAAUAUUCCCCUUGUCCAAUCUACUAAUUGAAUAUAAAUAUGUAUCUCUUUCGCAAUGUAAUCACACAUACACCACAACAACAACAACAACAACACACCAUACAACUCUACAUACACCACAUACACCACACAUCUACACACACACACACAUACAUACAUAAAUACAUACACACACAUAAACACCACUACAACAACAAACCACAAAAAAAUCCGGGAAGCGGGAAAAUCUCACAACACACCAACCAACAACCAUAUAUAUUAUAUUAUAUAUUAUAUUAUAUUAUAACAUAACACAUUACAUUAUAUAAACAAACCCACUACAUACAAUGCACUUUUCUAAUUGUUCAGCUUGUAUAUGUUGUAAAGUCUCGUUCACCACAGACUGUAAUAAGGUUGUAGAACUACACUCUCUCUCUCUCUAUCUCUUUCUCUUGGAUAAUUAUAAUUAACUAAUUAAAUCAAACACGUCUCUCUCUCUCUCUGUAAUAUGUAUCCUCUUCACAAAAAUUAAAACAAAAACCAAAAUGAUUGACCUGAUGAACGAAUAAUUAAUUGACAUGUGAAAAUAUCGAAAAAAAGUUCUAACCAGAUUAUUCCAAAUCCUCUUGAUUCCUUUUUAAUCAUUUCACUUUCUGCCAUUGUUAUUAUGUUACAAUUAACUUGAUUAUUCUAAUUAAUGCAAUUAUAUUGUAAAUGAUUAUUAUUCUUAUUAAUAAUAAUUCGUCUUGUAAUCAAUUCGAAAA